GUGCCACUUUGCGCACCUGUAUCACUGUUACUAUGUUAUUUUCAGAGGGUUUCGUCACACAUCAACGGUCCGAGAUGCGUCGGUCAAUGCGCGCGAGUCUGCUCUUGGACGUCGCCAGGAGUGCGAGCAAGUUCGCAUUGAUGGGCCGUCACCCCCGUGAUGGAGCAUGAUAUAUAGGCGGAACAACAAUGUCCCUAAGCGAAGAGCCAUCUCGGCCCUGACACCCCUUCCACGCCUGGCAACCGCACCUCUAUUCCCGAGUCUAGCGCACUCGGUCGGCCCCAGGACCAUCGGCUCCCCUCAGCCAUGGCAGAUGUGGCAGGCUGGCAGGCCGCAGCUGUGGAGAGUCGUGCUUCUACUACUGUGUGUGGUGCACUAGAUUCUGUCGCACAACUGGCAAAUCGAACCAUCACACAGCAGAUCUGCUUGUCACGACGGAAAUACGGACAUCGGGGCUGGGCUCGUCCGGUUGGUUGUUCACUGUUGAGAUUACCCGUAAACCAAAAGUGCUAGGCGAAACUCUCAACGGUCAUGGCUCACAGCAGCUGGACGUCAUCCCCAUCGGUUGCCACUUUUAGUACCGCCCCGAGCACCUCGCUCGACCCCUAUGAUUCCCCCGCAUAAUGACAAGCGAUAAAGCGGCCCCAAGUACUUCCUCGCUGCAACGGGAUGGCUGGGCUGAGCCAACGAGAGUCGGCAAAUCUUUGUUUCGCCGACGGCCACCAACCCCAACCUACACACUGACUGACACUGACUCCGACACGGCCAGCGUGACACAAAUCGCCGCGCGCCUGCGGCGCAGAACGUGGGGCCCAUAUGAAGACCUCGGGAGCUUAGAUCUUGGUUCCCCGCGAGCUAUCGCCGGAUCUAGCGCACGAUGGAUCUGAUAUUCAGAUUACUCCACGGUGACAAAUAUGCUGGUGUUUUGUUGUUGCAGGGGAGGGGUAUGGUCUGCUGCGGACCUAGUGAUCGUCGACGAUAUCUAGGCACGGCAUCUCAUAUUAUAAGGUCAAGGGGCAAUCCCCCUUGCGCCCUUUUCGUCUUCAUGUAAUUGCUGCCUGUUUUCUCUCCACCCGCUGUUCAACACUUCAGGGCUCAAAUAUCUGCAACCAUGGCUGGCCCCAUCGAGAGGCUUCAAACAGAGAGUGGGACCAUUUCGCCCACUCGGGCUUUUAUCAAUGGCAUACUACCAUUUUUAAUUCAGUGGUGGUUCGUCACGAUCCCCGGUUUGAUCGUUGUGCGCGCAUUGUACAGGAGAUAUGCCUCGCCUUUACGAAAAUACCCCGGCCCAUGGCUGGCCUCUUUCACGAGGCUGUGGAAGGUCAUCUCAACGGCCUCCACACACACACACCUCGAGCACAUUGAGCUGCACAAGAAGUACGGCCCCAUCGUGCGCAUUGCACCAAACGAGGUUUCCGUGUCCUCCCCCGAGGCCGCGCGCACGCUCUUGUCGGCUGGCAAGCGCUUCUACAAGACCAAGUUCUAUGGUGUCUUCCCACCGCCGGAAAACCCAGACAUCUUUACUGAGUAUCGGGAAGAUGUUCAUGCGCAGAAGAAGAAGGUUGCCAAUGUGCCCUACAGCAUGGCGGCCAUGCAGCAGCUCAGCCCGUUCAUCGACGACACCAUCGAGGUGCUGAUGCAGAAACUGAACUCGGCCGCCGGAGUAGCCAAUGGACAUACCAAAGACCUCUCAAAUGGUCCCAUCGUGGACCUGGGCAACUGGCUCCACUGGUUUGCCUUCGACGUCCUCGGCGAGGUCGCCUUCAGCCGAAGCUUUGGCUUCCUGGAACAGGGACGCGACGUGGACGGCGCUAUUCGCACCAUCGACGAUAUGCAGCGGUAUAACGGCAUCGUCGGACAAGUUCCGUUUAUGGAUCACUUCCUGAGGAGGAACCCACUACGAAGUCUGAUCCCGGGUCAGUCCACCAAGGAUGCGCUCAUCACUCGCAUGGCGCUUGAGGAGCUCGAGAGGAGGAAGCCUUUCGACAAGGAGAGCGAGGGCAAGUGGAGGGGAGGUGAUGGACGGCAGGAUUUGCUAGCCAGUCUGAUCAAGGGCCAUCUCAAGGAUCCCUCAAAGUUCGGCGAGGGAGAUGUCUUUGCUGUUGCUCACGGUGCCAUCUUCGCCGGUUCCGACUCGACUGCCUCAACCAUGCAGUCCUUCUUCUGGCACAUACUCUCGGACCGGCGCGUAUACGCCAGCAUCCAGGAGGAGAUCAAGAAGGCAGUCACGGACGGCACCAUCCCCGCCUCCGGAAACAUAUCGUGGAACGAGGCCCAGAAUCUGCCGUACUUCCAAGCAUGCCUCAAGGAGGCCAUGCGCGUGCGGCCCGCGGUCGGCCUCAACAUCGCCCGCCUGGUGCCCCCCGAGGGAGCCGAGAUCGACGGCCAGGUCUUCCCCGGCGGUGUGACCAUCGCCGUGAACGGGUGGGUCCUCCACCGCGACAAGGCGACCUUUGGGCCUGAUGCGGAUGUGUACCGGCCGGAGCGCUGGCUGGGCGACGCCGAGGAGGCGAGGAGGAUGGAGAGGUUUAUGUUCCAGUUUGGCGGCGGCAGCCAUGUCUGUAUCGGCCGCAACCUCGCCCUUCUCGAGAUCAACAAGGUCUGCCCCCGACUUCUACGAGACUACCAUUUUGAGUUGGUCAACCCCGGACGGGAGCUAGAGGCCCACGCUACCUUCUUUGUUGUGCAGGAAGGCCUGGAGGUGUUCAUUUCGAAGAAAUAG